AUGUCAUCGCCACGUAAGCCCAUAAACAUUGCCAUUGUCGGUGGUGGCUUCGCCGGGCUUGCUCUCUUGAUUGGUCUUCAAAAAUAUCCUCACAUCGACGCCCAUGUCUACGAAUCUCAGGAUGAGUUCACGGAGAUCGGUGCCGGAGCAGUUCUUGGCCCCAACGCCCAACAGGCCAUGUCUCUUAUCGACCCGCGCAUCCUAGAAGGCUUCCAGCGCCGCGCGAUCUUCGGCUUCCAAGAGCCCAACGCGGAGGGCUUUCACUCGUGGGCGACGGUGGUCAAGGGCCAAACACCAGAUGUCGACGAGAUAGUGAUGCAUUACAAGCACAAGCUAAAGGAUUCGACCAUCCACCGUGCGCAUUUCAUCGAUGAGCUGAACAAACUUGUGGAGCCGCAUCGGGCGCACUUUGGCAAGCGUCUUUCUGAGGUCCGAGAAGGUACAGGCGGCGACUCGGAUCCCAUUACGCUAGUGUUCGGUGAUGGGAGCACAGCUGAAGCCGACAUAGUCAUUGGCAGUGAUGGGAUUCACUCGGUGGUCCGCAAGCACAUCCUCGGCGUGAACCACCCAGCCACCAACGCCUUCUUCACCGGGGCCAUCGCGUACCGCUGCACAGUGCCGAUGGCAAAGGCCAAGGAUACCUUAGGUGAGCGUGCCAUACAACCGCAGUUUGCGAUGAAGUGUGGCAAAGACGGCAUGGUGUUCGGCUUCCCCAUGUCCAACUUCAGCCUCUACUACAUCGCCGUGGUGACGUUCAACAACGCCCCCGUCCCACACGACCAAUGGAAGGUGAAGCCCAAUGUAAGUGACCUUCGCGCACGCUUCGCCGACUUUGAGGACUUUGUGCGAAAGCAGGUCGAGCUGGUGCCGGAUGACAGCUCGACACUGGGCUGGUCCAUCUGGGAGAUGCCUCCAGCGCCAACAUACUUCAAUGGCCGCGUGGCGAUCGUCGGAGACGCUGCCCACGCCUCGCCGCCAUUUCAGGGUGCUGGUGCAGGACAGUCGAUCGAGGACGCACUUGUCAUGGAACAGCUGCUUGGCAAGUAUCUCGAUCCGGCCCGCGAGAGCAUCCACCCACUCACCACCACGGAAGCCACGUUGAUGAUCUUCCAGGCCUACGAUACGGUGAGGCGCUUUCGUAGCCAGAAGGUUGUCACGACGAGCGCGGAGACUGGGCGCCUCCUGUCCGGCAACGAGCCAGGGGUAUCGCUACACGCGAAGGAUAUCCAUGCCCGGCUGACGGACCGGGAACAAUGGAUCUUUGAGCACGACCAGGUGCAGCAGGUGAAAGAUGCGAAGCACGUGUUUGAGGAGGCGGAGCUAGCAUUGGCACGAGGAUCAAACCGUUUGUAG